AUGUGCACAGCUGAAGCAACUGCAUCUCUGCUCCAAGUGGAGGAAACCUUCUCGGCAUGCCUGGCACGGAUAGAUGCUCUCAUCCUCAAGCCUCUGCUCCAGGCAGAGCCUACUGACCAGAAGGGAAAGGAGAACUUAAAGCUCUUUCUACUCCUGAAUGACCGAUUUCAAGCUCUCUGGAACCUUACAGAAGAAAAUUACCGGAUUCUGAAACAAAAAUGCAGCACCUCUGAGUCAUUCUGCAUCCAGGACGUUUACACUGUCUGGAAAGGAGACCUGUUUCUAAACCUGUACAUCCAAUAUUUUGUCACUUUUGCAAACUAUGUUGUAGUCCAUGGCUUUGAACAUGCCACAAAGAGCAAAAGUGAAGCCUGGAAGCACCAUAAGACAGUGCUGAAACAAUUCCUCACAGACUUCACCUCCGAGACCUCAAUGUCACUGGCCUUAUACACUGUUCUUCACAAACCUAUCCGAGAUCAUAUUAUGCAAUAUAUACUGCUCCUUACCAAGCUGAAUGAGGUUCUCAAAGAGGGCUCUGAAAAGGACGUGGUUACCAGUGCAAUCAAGGAAUACAUGAAGCUUGAGUCUUUCAUCAGCCAAGUCCUGGAUGAAGCUUGUUUUACGAAGUCCUUAUGGAAAUCCUUGGGCUACAAAUUCACAGACAUGCUCUGUGUACCUGAAAGAAGGCUGCUGGAAGAUAGCAAAAAUCUUCCCAUUUCUGCCAGCACAAAUCGCUCAGACCGAAUCUUGCUCUUUGAUGAUGUCCUUGUGCUUAUUCAGGGAAACAGCUUUCAGAGUUUUGAUCUGAAGCUUGUGUGGGUAGAUGAAAACUGCAGGAAUAAAUCAGCUCCAGGACUGUAUGGACUCCGCAUUGUAACCCCAGAAGAAACAUUCUUUCUCUCUGCUAAAGACCCGCAAAUGAAGGCUGUUUGGCAAUGGAAGCUGAACCAGGCUGUCCGCCAGGCACUGAAUGGGAAGCGAGAUUUCCCGUUGUGGGGCAAGACUGGUGAAGGCACCGAGCCCCCAUCCUGCCGCUUCUUCACCUAUGUCUUCAAGCUGGAGGGCAAGUUCAAGAGUGCAUCCUAUGAGGGCGAGUGGCACUGGGGAAAGCCGCAUGGCAAGGGGACACUGAAGUGGCGUGAUGGACGCAACCAUGUUGGAGAUUUCAAAGAGGGCUUGGAGCAUGGGUUUGGAAUAUGCCUUGUCCCACGCCGAUCUGAAGACCGGUAUGACUGUUACAAGUGUCACUGGUACAAGGGCAAGAUGAGAGGCUAUGGAAUCUGUGAGUAUGGGAAUGAUAUGGUCUACAAAGGUUACUUCAAAGACAACGUGCGUCAAGGGUUUGGGAUACUGGAAAACUUCUCGGCUGAGCAUCCAUUUAAGUACACAGGACAAUGGGAAAAUGACAAGAAGAAUGGAUAUGGAGUCUGGGAAGACAAAGAUAGAGGAGAGAGACACAUAGGGACAUGGCUCGACGAUCACAAACAUGGUCAAGGCAUUGUAGUAACCCAGUCGGGUGUCUGCUAUCAAAGGACAUUUCAUGCUGAUAAAAUGGUG